AUGAACGUGGACAAACUCCUGAAGGUACAAUGUAAAUCAGACAGACUCUGGAUCAGCGACCGAGACGGUGAAUUUAUCCAAACAGAUCUACAGGGGAAUAAAUUAAAGAAAAUAAAAACCAGGGGAGAGGAUGAAGGUUACCACACAGUCACACAGGACGGGGAUCUGAUCUUCACGGACAAAAACAGAAAAGCCAUCUAUAAGAAAGUACAGGAUAACAAGAUCACCGAAUUCUUUAAUACAGGAGACUGGGAACCUUAUAAAAACAUCAAUGGAGAUAUCUGUACAUCAGACUUUAAUAAAGAGGCAGUAGUGGUGGUGAAUAAAUCAGGACAACACAGGUUCUCCUACAUAGGUCAGGGGUCAGUGUUCUGUCCCUAUGGAAUCUGUACUGAUGUCCUCGGUCACAUCCUGGUUUGUGAUGAGAUCAGUAACUCUGUUCACCUCCUUGAUCAGAAUGGUCAGUUUUUGUCUUUUGUAUUUACAGAAAAACAAUUGGUGAAGUAUCCCCGUAGUUUGUGUGUAGAUAACGAGAAGAAUAUCUAUGUGGGGCAACGAUACUCCAACACACUGACAGUGUACAAGUAUCUUCAAUGA